CUGUAACGGGCAGGGACGACGCUAUCAUCCUAUCCACUAUUUGCCAUUGAUUGCUAUCCAGAGAUAAACAAUAACAACGUUAUAUCUGUGCGAGUGUGGUCGUUAAAUGCAAGAGGAAUGUAGCAAACGUCACUCCAAUCUUAUCUUGACGUCAUCAACGAACAAUUUACACUUCCGGUCUGCGAAAUGUUAACUGAUCAUCCAACGAGACGACGUCACCGAUCGAGCGAAAGUGACGACCAAGAUACACCAAUCAACUUCUGCUAUGCCAUUCUGAUGUUGUUCAUGUUUUUAUCAUGUCUGCUGAAAAUGAAGCCACGCACGCGCAUCGGUCUCAUGUGGUUUUACGUCAUGUCCGCUUCAGUUCUCGCUGGAGUUUUCGUGUAUCGCCACUACGACGAUAUUUCGCUGUCCGUUUCCCCAACUGACAUGAGACUGCUGGAUUCGAUAUCAAUGGAACUGUGUUCGUCUGUUUACAUCAGAGCGCCGUCAAAUUUCAGUGUGUAUUCACUUUCGACGCAACCGAAAAUAUCGGGCACGUUUACUUUUUCAAAGACAAUGUCCAAUAACAUACAAUACCAGUAUUUCACCAAAUGGAAGUACUUUCAUUUGUCCGGUACUAUUGCAAACGUGUAUGUAUGCGGAGAGUUGGGACUGAAAUUCGUCAUUAUAAAAGGGGCAGACAACUUCCAAGAUUGGAUUGAGACCGAAGAUUGUGGGACUUGCACAAAACAUGAGUACUACUUAAGGCAAUGUGACACCGGAAGUCAAUAUCAACAUUUUUACGUCAACGUCGCGGAAUCAGGUGAUUAUUAUUACGUUAUCAUAAAUGGGGCAAUAGACGAAAGCACAAAACACGUAGACACAGAAUUCAUAAUGACAGAAACACGUUAUGACGUCAGCAAAGGCGUCGAAGUGUGCACCAAUAUAUCUUUAUGUAACGUUGAAUUAAGUUACGAAUCAAAAAGCGUCAUUAUCGAAAUGACCGAACAGGGCGAUUUCGACUCCACAGUACACAUAUCGUCCACACCACGCGCAUAUGUUUACAUACUGUUGUUCGUUGUAUUUCCUAUUAUUUUAGGAACUCUCUUCACCUACAUUAUAUUACGUUGUGCGAGAAAAUGCAGAUCCGCAUCGCAGAACGAAAGGGAAAGUGACAUUUUUACGGUUUCCAAUAAUGAACGUGGUUUUGAGAAUCCUAAUUUCAGACUCACUUUGGCGCCACCUAGUUACCGUGAAGCGCCACCAAGCUACGAAGAGGUAAUGGCAGAACAAAGGGAAAAUAACUCAUAGGCCUCUUGAUCGAUACCCAGUAGACAUUGGAAACUUUGCACAUUCAUAGACAGCUACGAGCAGGAUACAUCGGCAUAUCGGUAAACCGCGGUACAUUCAAGAGGUACAUUUCCUCGCGGUACGGUUGUGUUGUAUCAAAAUUUGCAUUACAACUUAUUACGAAACGCCGAGACUUUCAGUUGGGUCAAUAUUCCGGCAUUCUAUAUUUUGAUGGUCAAACCGUAUGUUUGACUCCUUUUUUUACAACCCGUAAUUGAUAUCUAUGCGUCAUUUCUUAAUCGCGUGAUGGUUAUGUGAAAUAUCGGAAAACAGUUUAGCACCAAGAAACUUGGAAUUACAAUUGUUUCUGACUUAAUCUAAAGAAUGAGGCACAGUGUCUUCUCAAUUAAUGUCUACAGUAUGGUUGUACACACACAUUAGUUUUAUUGUUUGACUUCGAAUUUAUAGGCACAGUAAUUGAUGGAUAAAUUGCAAAGCAAUAGAUAUGGUUGGUAAGGGUCAAACUAGUAGGUUUUUCGCGCAUGUAUGGUACAUUUAUUGACGUUACACUUAGAAUAAUUAGGUGCAAUGUGGUCAAAAACAAAGCGGCUGAAAUCGUGAUUGUAGUUAAUUUUGUUAAUUGUUUGAUGUUGUUAAAUUGUUGAGAAAUAAAUCACAAUAUUUCAAUUAAAAUAAUACAAUACUAUUCAGGAUUAUUAUGAAAAUCUGCUGAAAUAAAUCUUAUUAUUUUGUUAGAAUGUAUAAGAAUAUAAACUGAAAGUGAGAGUAUAUAAGCAUGGAUAUCAUGAUCAAUUGCAUCAUCUAUGGCUAGACUAUAUGUGUGUAAAGGGGCUAUUCGUACUGUAUAUAAUAGAUAAUGUAUUAGUAUUUGUGUUUGGAUCAUUUAUGGUGUAAAUGGUCAACGUAUAUUUAAGCAAUAUAAAUUGAUAUUAGUGUA